UAAUUAUAUAAUAAUAAAUAAGUAAUGAAUACCGGAGCCUGACCAUCUUUGUAAAGGACUAUUUUAGAUCCUGCUGCGGCAUUGGACGUCAUUAAACUGCGGUGUACCUAAUAUUAUGUCCAGCGCCUGGUCCAUAUAGAUGAAAAAGUCAAGUCUCAGCCCCCCCCCCACUGUUCCCCAGCCCCGUCUGGAGUGCUAUUGUAGCGCCGCUGCCGUUGCCGGGGAUUAAAUGGAAGCACAUGAUGGACCAUGUGAUUUGUCAGAGAAUUGGGCUAAACACUCGCUUACUUCCUGCCCCCUUUUUUCUCCUCCUUUCUUCCUUCCUUCCUUCCGUUGGGAGCCAGCAGCCCCGGCUGGGUGUGCACAGCGCGUCAUGGCAUCCCCUCGUUUGGAGACCUUCUGCUGCUCGAACCGGGACUCGGCCACCGACUUGAUGGUGACUUUCCAGCCGGAUCUGUUCGGAGCGCUAACGGUGGGCAGCGCCGCCCUGAGCCUGGUCUUCACCGUCCUGCAGAUCCUGCCCAAGAGGAAAGGCUACAGGAGACUGGGACAGUACCCUCUGCCCAGACCUGCAUCCUCCUCACGGAUACUCUUCAUCAUCACCCUGUGUGAUAUUAUGGGAUGCACAGGGAUCCUUUUGAGGUCAUCUCUAUGGAUGGGUCUGCCCAGCACCGUGGCGCAGAUCUCAGAGGUCAACAGCACCGACGUCUGGCCGGACGUCUUCUGCCUGGGCAGUGCCAUGUGGAUCCAGUUGUUCUACAGCGCUUCUUUCUGGUGGACGUUCUGCUAUGCCGUGGAUGUGUUCCUGGUGGUGAAGACGUCUGCGGGGAUCAGCACCAUUAUCCUCUACCACAUGAUCACUUGGGGUCUGGCUUUGCUGCUGUGUGUGGAAGGCGUGGCCAUGCUCUACUACCCCUCCAUCUCCAACUGUGAACAAGGUCUUCAGCACGCUAUUCCUCACUACAUCACCACGUACGCGCCCAUGCUGCUGGUCUUGGUGGCCAACCCCAUCUUCUUCAACAGGACAACAUCAGCAGUGACAUCGCUGCUGAAAGGACGCCAAGGGAUCUACACAGAAAACGAGAGGAGACUGGCCAGCGCCAUAAAAAUACGCUUCUUUAAAAUCAUGCUGGUUUUUAUCAUCUGUUGGCUUCCCAACAUCAUCAAUGAGGGCCUCCUCUUCUACCUGGAGAUGCAGGUGGACGUUGGGGACAGCGGUCUCAGGAACAUCCGCAACGCUGCUCUCAUCACAUGGUUUAUCAUGGGGAUCUUGAACCCCAUGCAGGCCUUCCUCAACACGCUGGCCUUCCACGGCUGGACGGGCUUCGAUGUGGACCUGAGCCUGCAAGGCAGGAGAGAGCUGGCCUGGGAGUCGGCCUCCACCUCAGUGGCCAACGGCGGGGGCCACAACGCCAUGGUGGGCACAGCCCUGCUCUACCAGAGCCACGUCCAGGAGGCCAAGAAAAAUAUGAACGGCAACGGGCAGCCGCAGUCGGACGCCAUCAGCGUCCUCUCGGAAGGUUCAGAAUCUAGCACAGUUGAAAUCCACAUAUCCAGCGAGCUACCCGACUAUGGCAAUGUAGACGCUGAUGGAGAAUCCUUGGGGACGCCAGGGAGGCGCUAGCCGGCAUCCCGUCGCACAACGCUACUUUGCUGUAAACUACUUUGGCUGGUAACAACCUAUAGAUGUCUUGACAAUAUGGAUGUUAUCAUCUUGUGUAAGAUUAGCAUCUUUUCUAGUUAGUUUUUUUUUUAGCAACAUGACUGUAUUCCUUUCUGUCUGGUGUCUUUUUGCACACAUCAGAUGAAAUAUUAAAUAGCAGACGUCUUUCUUACAUGGUGAGAAGUCUUUUGUACAAAAAAGGGCCACACUGAAAACAAAUACUUAUACUAUGAGUCUAUUCUAAUACUACGCCA